AUGAUGAGUCUUGAAAGUCAAAUAAAUCUUGAUAAUCAUCGUGAGAUCAUGGAAUCAAUGGAGUUAUUUAAGAGUCGGAUGAUUGAAAAUCAAGGUAGCCUGAGAAGAUCUGAUGAUGAAACAUUGGAGUAUGCCGACUCCAUUGCAAGGAAAUUUCAAGCUAAAAUGAAUGCUAAAGCUGAUGCUGAGAAAGAACAGACUCGUAUCACUCAAGGUGAGCCUAGUAGAAGAGAUGACUGUAUAUCAACCGGCACCAGAUCUAAGCGAGCGCCAACCAAUGAUGAAAAUCCAAGGCCAACUAAAAGAGGCGGAGGUCGAAGCGGUGUUGAUCGCGGAGGCCGAAGCAGUAGUGGUGGUCGUGGUGGGAAAUCUAGUAGUGAUCGCGGAGGUCGUACUAGUGGCGGUGAUCGUGGUGGACGUGCUCUUCCUUCUUUUCGCAAUUUGCUAACCGGUUAA